CAGCCGUCAAAAUGAAGUACAAACAAGCUUUGAUUCGGAACAGCGUAUGUAAAAUUAAAAAAAUAACUUUGUCACCUAGUAAGCGGAUUUCUAUUGGAAGUCGCGAAAGGAGGUUUAUCGAGAAAUAAAUCUUGUGCGAUGGCUGCAUCUCCAGGAAAUAUGUACCAAAAACAGGCGUUAAAAAAGCGACAAACUGCGUACCUACAACCUUCUUCAGGAUCUUUGUCUAGAAACGAUAAACAAAAAGCAGAAAAGGACAUUCCUUUACAUGUUCAACCUCCUUCGAGCCCGAAGCUCAAUCGUUCGCCGAACAACAUGAGAAAGUUUAGUCAAAUAUCAUUACGUUCAGACUCUUCGGGUGACCAACACACAGAUGCCAAUGGUAAUGCCGCAGCAAUUACUGGCACUCCUAAUAAACACGCCCGUUUUAAACACCACCAGGUAAGAUACGGAAUUUACAGACCGCCCUAAACGAUUAUCAGACUUCUGCGAGGUAAGUUUUGAAGAUUGUGACAUAGUGUCUUUUGAAAGAGCGAGGCAUUAUUGACUUUAGUAUUAGCAUGGGCAAUCAGAGGUUUCAUGCCGGUAUUACAUCGAAUAACAUGCACAUAUUUUCUAUUGAGAGACAAUGAAGAAAAUUAUCGAGUGGUGGUAUUAAACUAAAAGUGAGGCUCAGUUGCGCAUUUUAGAUAACGUUUUCUUUUUAUGAAAUAGAGGUCAUUUAAAAAAAACUUCCAGUUCCAGAGCUGUAUAGCGGGUCACGUAUAGUCGAAAAUAAGUAAUUUAAGAUUUCAUGUUCCUUUCUGCGAUCUACCCUAAAUAAACAAGCUUUGCUAUAAUAAAGUCAAUCAUAAAGCUUAACGCUCUAUAAAUUUAAAGCCCGGCUUAAGGAAAGCAUUUUGCUUUAUGUACGGGCGAUAUCGUUACAUCGUAAGGGUGUGUAUUUGAAGGGACUUUUAGUCUCAAGUACGAUGCUGAACAAUUACUUCGCAUCCUACAGAAAGCUGGUAAAAUUAAUCUAGUUUUUAUAUGUACCAUAUAGACCUUAGAAACUGAAAUCGUAAAUAUGCCGUGUUGUCGGACUUUCAGAUGUAAAAAUUCUGUAAUGACGGGAUGAACAUCCUUUGUUUGCAAUUACGUUCCGCUGGCUUGAUAGCGACAUGUAAUUCCACUGAAGUGCAUGCAACAAGUUCAGCUAUGGCUCUUAACGACAUUUUCAACUUUCACAAAGUGAGACAGCUUUAACUUAUUUAAACUCCUUAAUAACAAGUCGCUUUACGGAGCAAUGACUGUCAUCAGCUAGUUACUCACGAGUUCGAGUCGAUAACCUGAAUGAAAGGCGUCUGGACAAAUCGAGGGGAGUGUGAGUUCAUACUGGGUCACUGAUCAAAAUUUCCUCUUUUUGUAUUAGUUGAUAUUCUUACCUCUGCCUCAUCUCAUCCCUUGUCUGCCGCUGUAGGCGAACGAUCAUACGACACAGCCAUGCCCCAGUUAUUUCCCCUAAAGCUUUAUUAAGAAUUAAUUACCAAAACACAUAGCAGGUUGGAAGUCGUUAUGUAAAGCUUCUUUGUUUGUUUUCACCUUUAACAGAAAGCAGGCAAGGGAAACAAGCUGCAAAAAUUACAUCUCGCCGCUUUAUCAGGAAAUGAAGGCGAGGUUCAAAAAUUGCUUGGAAAAGGAGUUGGUAAGUAAAAUCCAAACACUAUGAAGUGCACUUAGUGUUCGAAGUUAAGGCGUUUCUUUAUUGUUGUUGUUUUGCUUUGGCCAGUCUUGAAGUAUUUCGCUGAGAUAUCGCACGAAAUUCUCUCUCAAAUGUUUCAUAUAGCUUCUAUAAUAAUCAAUGAUUAUUAAAGAAAUUCAAAGCUGACGGUAGCUUUAGUAUGCGAUAUCCAAACGCGCUAUCCCUCACGGUUGUGGAUUUUGCUUUCUCUUGAUGAAUUAAAUUUAUUUCUGAAAGAAACGACAGCUUAUGGCUUAUGGCCAACAAAGCAUUCUGACUUCGGUGUCAUUGUACAUUCGGGACAUGUAAGUUCUCUAGCCAUGAAAGCGAGGCACAAGGCGUUUGCUCGUUGUAACAAGAAAUUUAGGGGAAAAAACAUUCCCUUUCCUGCCUUUAGCUCUAUUUUCUGUUUAGGGGAUGGCUUGUUUACCCUCACCUUUGUUCUUAAUGUUCUUGUGUAUUUCCCCAGCUUUUUAUUCUUUGAUUAAAAAAACGGCCACGCGAGGCAAAAUUCGUUCGUUAAUAUAUUGGUCAUUAUUUGGUGUCCCAGCAAAAAGAGCUCACUUAAACUAAGAUUCCAUAAACAUCAGCGUGUUGUUCACAUUUCGCAUCCUUCCUACCUCUGCCCUAUAAACUAACAAGACUAGCCACAAUCUUUACCCUCGCAGAGCCGUGGCAAGCCUUUAGAAACUAGUGGGGCACAAAGAUUUUAGGUAGCUCAUAGUCAUUGUAUUUGAAAAGCAGAGGGUUUUGGGUCCGGAGGACCCAUUGGACUGGUCUCUGUAUCUUAAAACCAGAAAAUGUUUCACCUAGCUGCACAGACAUCAUUGUGUGCUCUGGGAGAUGAAUUUUUAUUUUCAACUUUUAUGCGUAGUCUACAUGUUUUGACUUUUUGAGGCAAAAAAACUGGAGGUGGGGUACACGGCCACCCCUCCCUCCCUCCCAGCUCCAUCUCGUUACCAUCAUUAUCAUCAUAAGUGAUUUGCAAUUUUUAUCAUUCAUUUCCUUGUAAAGAUGUUAAUGCCAAAGAUACAUUCGGCAAGACGCCGCUGCAUAAUGCUAUUCUUGGCAAACACGUGACCAUUGUGGACCUACUGCUCAAAUCAGGAGCUGAUGUGAAGUGUUUGGACGAGCGCGGUGACACGCCACUGCACAAUGCUGUUAGAGUGGACAGUGAAGCCAUUGUGGUGGUGAGCUUUUAAACAACCUAGUUCUCAGGGCUUUCACUCCUUAUUACUGAGAGAAAAGUCCUGGGAACCAGUUUGCUUUUUAUACUUCUUAAACACCCGGACGUUUUCUCUCACUGUUAGUCUAUUAUACAAACAUCUUCGUAUAAUCCUCGGAAAACUUUGGAAAUCUUCUGGAAAUGAACGGAAGCACUUGUGUUAUCUUCAAACUGUAUCUCCAAAACCUCUUUGUAAAAAAUGGCUAGAAACAUGAAAAAGCUUGAAGGGACCCUUUCCAGCGUAGUAAUUCACGUGGUACGACUGCGCCAUGCUGGAGAGCAAUACAAGACACGCAAUGGGAGAAGACAAACAAAGGAAAUUACAAUUUUAAAUGAUAUGAGCUCUUUGCUUGUCUUCACUAUCAGUGCAUCACCUGCACUAUCAGUGUACCACGUGACUUACUACGUGCAAAUAACAUAUUGUUUAAGAUACAAUGCCCUGCAAUUAACAAUUUUGAGGUUGUGUUUGAUCGACUGGGUCAAUGUAGUGCCAAAUUGCUCUUUUAAACUGUUUAAGGAGACGAACCUCGACCCAAAUUUAUCCUGCGCAACUUCGCAAUAGCCAGUAAAAGAAGUGCUGUUAUCCCCACAACAGUCCCACAGUGCAUUUCGACACAACAGCGAUCCAGUCCCACGCCCAAAAUCAAACUGGCCAAUAGUAUAUCCAGUAGAACGGAGACUGUGAAACGAUAAACAGAAAAUCCAAUGAAUGCGCCCUGUUGUCUGCGCUGCUUAUAGCUCAAGGAGUAAUUCUAUUUAUUAUUUUUUCUUUGCACAGCUGCUUCUAAAUGACAGUAAAAGUAAUUCAAAUGCUAAGGGAUUUGGCUCGUACACACCUCUACACAUUGCUGCCCAAAUUGAUAGCGUGGAUAUUUGCAAGCAACUGGUAAGUAAAAGACAUACAUUCCUCUCCCUUCAGAUGGACACCUUCUAAAAAAAGGGACACUCUUGGUGAGGACAAUUAUCCAGGAUCAAGUGUUUGUCACUUACGAUAAGCCAACAAGAAUUGUAUCCAGUAAAAUGGACCUAUCGCUGACUCAUUGAUGUCGUAGCUUUAACUUAUCGCAUGCGACAAAGUUGUACGGUCCUGUUACCUCUCAGAUCCUAACAAAGGCACUGGCGACGAACGAAAGUACCGAAAAUGGUGGAUCCUAGUAGGACGCUAUCUGCGUUUUAAAGCUGAAUUUUCGAUCACUUGUCCUUCUUAAAGGGAUACUCCUUGAUCAAAUUUCUAUACUUGACUGCUCUUCUCAAGGGCCGGCCCCAGCACUACUCAGGCUGACUACUGUAUUUCCUUAUAAGCUAAACCAUACAGUUGAACAAGCGCAGCUACUAUUAACAGUCCAGAUAUCCAGACUUUUCACACCGUUUUCACACGACGUCACGAUGGCCAUAUUAGGGCCCCGAAACAAUUUAAAGGGUUAGACCUAAUAGAUAAAAGUUGCUAACAUUUAAGGCGAACCUUUAAUGCAGUGUCUCUUUUCUUAGGUUGAGCACGAAGGUGAUAUCAGUCAGAGAGCUGAAGAUAAGAUGACGCCAUUUGGUAUGGCAGUAUCCAAGGGAGCACAAUCUGUUGCUGAAUACUUUGUCAGUAUUUGUAAGUGUCCUAAUAUCACGUGAUCAUGAUUUUCCCGCCAUUUUUAAUCCUUGCCGCCUGGCGUUAGACAAAUCUAACGCGGAAUUGGGCCUUGUGGUAAUCUAUGAGUGACUAGCAAAAUGCUGAUGCUACAACGCAUGCGUAACUAGCGUUUUUCAGUUUGUAGAGUGGAGGCCUCCCCUAUUAACUUUCAACUACUUGAUAAUUUAUUUCUUUGUUUCUCUCAGUGGACGAAAAACAACUUGACAAAGACAAUCUCCUUUGUAAUGCUGAUAAUGAAGGAAGCACCUUGCUACAUCUAGCAGUGGACAGCGGAAUUCCACAGGUAAGUGCAUGCGCAGCUUUAGAGUACUGUGUCAUGGCUACCUGGUUCAUUUUUCUAACAAUGCCAAUCACGCGUCCUAAUUCGCUGUGGAACUUGAGAAAUCGAAAUUACUUGUGAAUGACAAAAUAACAGCUUCGUGUCAAACAAGUAUGUCUCAUAAGCCUUGUAUCCAACGCUGUAGACAACAAAAAUGAACUUUGAGAAACUGUUAGGCUCGCGCCACAGCUCCUUAGGCACCUGAAACUAUACUAUUUCUUUCAGUUGAUCUCAUCAGCCUAAACCGGCCCUCCCUGAAAGGAAACAAAAUUGUCUUCUUUCAACUGAGAGUUCGCAUGGUCUAACAUAUCGUCGAUGAAGUAAAACUGGAUCUUUUAUAAAUGUAAAACGUGUAUUAACUGAGAAUUCUUUUUCCUCAGAUCGUGUCACUGUGCCUGCAAAUUGGAGCAAAUGUGCGUCAAACGAAGGUAGUUGCCAAUUACAUCAAACACUAUCUUAUCAGUUUAGCUUUUCCUCAUCUCAGGAAUUCGACUGUAACAACUGAAAGCUCUGUAAUAUGACUUAUAUUGUCGCGGCGUUACUGUGAUCCCUUCCACGAAGAGAAGAAUAUUUAAACAAAAUUGGAAGUGCGUCCCUCACAAACGUCUUUGCUUAAGCUCGCUAAAACAGGGCUGUUUGAACACAAAAAUAUAUCCACUUUUGUAGGAGGCGGACAACAGUACAGCGAUUCAUCUGGCGGGCACACAAGGCUCACUGGAGAUAGUUCAGCUGCUGGUCGGAGCAGACCGUGGUGUGUGUAAAGAAGAGAUACUAGAUGAGCAAGGAAUGGUACCCCUACACCGGGCAGCGCUGAACAAUCACGCGACUGUUGUCAGCUACUUGGUAGAUCAGGUAUGACGUGUAUUUUGUCUCUAUAUGACCGACGGACUGCAAACCAGCUCGCAUUUUGGCGUUGGUCAAAAACGCGUUAGCAGUCAAUCAAAAGGUCGAGGGUGAAAAGGAAUGAGUUACAAUAAAGAAUAAUCCCGAGCAUUUGUUAAAAAUGUGGUACCAUCCGUGGUAUAAAAUUCACAGCUACAAGGUGAAGCGUAUGAGGUCCACUGGCUACCAUUCUUUCUUGCUAUCAUUUCUAUAACGUAAAGUCGACCUAAGUGACUGUAAGACCAGCUACAGUUGGAUGUGGAAAGGUCUUGAUCUUCCACUCAACCUCCCCCCCUCCCCGUCCCCGCCAAUUUAACACAUCUUACAACAAACGACAAUUCUUUCCAUUAUUGUAGCGACCACCAGGUGGUCCAUACGAGUACGAAGUCCGACAGUACUAAAGAAGACGAGGGUAUGUAAGUGUAAGUUCCCUCUCUUUUCAGGGAGCUCCGGUGGAUCCCCGAGACAUUCAAGGUCGCACCCCCCUUUUCUUAGCUGCGUCAGCUGGUGGAACAGCUACUGUUCAAUUGCUAAUGGACCGGGGGGCCGAUGUAACACUUAAAGAUGUGGAAUUGCGCUCACCCUUGCACGUAGCAAUUGCGGAUGGAAAUUCGUCCACCAUGGAAGCCUUACUCAAGGUAAUACGUUUGGUAAUUAAGCAAAAAAAUGGUUACUUGCUUGUUUAACCGCCUCCCGGUUAGCUCAGUUGGAGAUUCGCGCCAUGAUUUCAGAUCUUCUGUCAGUUCAGAUGUUCGUGGCAUUGGGCGGUAACGUUAGGCUGUUUGUGCCAAUCCUUGCGCCUUAAUCCUCAUGAGUAAACAGCAAUUUCAGCCAGAAGAGGCAAUUUACGUUCUUUGUUUUCAAAGCAUAUGUGUGCGGCCUCAUAAACAAGCCCGCGGGCUGACCGGCGCUAUGCUUUUGCUGAGAACAUAGUUGGGAAAAACGUUUCCUAGAAUCGCCUGAUUCGCUCCUAGGAUCUGGAGAACUAGCGCUCAAACCAUCAUCAUUGAAUUUGUUUACAAUGACAUAUUUGCUUACCAGAUCAUUUAUAGCUACAUUAUUUUCAUCUGUUGUCUUUACUUAUAGAGUCCUGCAGCGAAGGCGUUGGUGGUUGAUAAGGACAUUACUGGAUACACCCCAGUGCAUUACGCCGCACGGGCUGGUUACUUGCAGGUAAAUGUCGUUAUUAUAAAGGUCAGGUAUUUCUAAAAUUCCAUUUCAUAUCCCAAAAAGCAACGCGCUACUGGGAUCUCAGAGCUCUCGCAACCAAUAUCCUCACGACCUAACUAUCAGACGAUCAAUAACAUGGAGAAUUAAAUUGUCCAAUCAGGUAACUAACUAGUCGAAAAUACAGCAAUUGACUAUACACAAAUUACUCUGGUGACUCUAACGUUGACUUACUCGCAAACGUCAUUAACUGAAAAACAGUCCUUUUCUGGACUACACACACGGACAAUCAUAAUCAACCUAUUAAUUUAAAGGGACUGUGUCACGGCAGUCCAGUUCAUUUUGUUUAAUUUUGCCAAUUACUCGCCCUCAAUCGCAAUGGAACUUAAAGUAAGCAAAGAAAUUACAGGUAAAUGACAAAAUCAGAGAUCCGAGACAAACAAAUAUGUCUCCUGAGCAUUAUUAUUGAAGUUGCAAGCAGCAGGGAUCAACUUUGAAAAGCUGUUAGGCUGAACAGUUUUCAAAAACCCUAAUCUCAAUCCGUUUCAAUCUUCUUCAGUUUUGCCCAUCCGUGGCAUCUGUUGUAUCUGUUAUGCUAUUUUAACCUUCUUUUAAAGUUUUAAGCUGUUAUUUUUAUGUUUCUCUUAAUUUUACGGGCAUUUUGUAAUUUCCUAAUUUGGCUGAAUUUCGUGACACAGCUCCUUUAAUAAUUGUUGUUUCUCUAUCUGCAGCACAUCGCUCUCUUCAUCAACAAGAACAAGGCGGCUCGUCAAGUGACGUCAGACUCACUGGAUACCCCUCUUCACAUCGUUGCUCGGUACGUUUUGCGGACCUACGAGAAAGUCUAGGCGGAUACCUUAUUACAGCAAAUCAAACGCUUCAUGACAACGUGAACUUUAAUUUAAGUCGUAUCAAUUUAUGUAAACGUUAAUUUCCGCGCCAUUAGUAAAGUGGAGAGGUAAUCAUCGCGGCUUUAAUGUCUAUUAUUUUGGCCUCUAAUUCUUGAUACACUUUUGACAGUCUUGACCUUAUGAAAGAGGAGUACAGUGUUUUAUAUCCUGAAAUGGUCUAUGCAAACGCGCUCUUUUAAGGAAUUUGUUGUCGAACUUAAAUCAGUGUUUGCUUUUUUCAGGUAUGGUUGGCUGCAGAUUGCUGAAGUAUUACUGGAGAAGAGAAAUGUCCGAAUAAUCAAUUUACAAAAUAAUCAGGGAAAAACUCCCCUUCAUUACGCUUGUCACGAAGGGCAUGAGCAUAUAACCAAGCUUCUGUUGAUGGAGGGCGCUACGCUUGAAAGGUGAUAUAAAGAUGACUACCUUGCAAAACUGUGCCAUGUUACCCGCAAAUGUUGACCGAUUCACUUCCAUAAAUUUGUAAAAAAGGAAGUUUUUCUUCAUGCACUAUAUAACAAACCACUUAACGACUGAUCUCGCGCGAAACAAGUUUAAUUUAUUGUCCUCGAAACUCACCAAUGAGGUGCUCGAGAAACAAACUAAACUCUCUCCCACUGACCAGUCAUUCAAUGGUGAAUAUGACAUGGUUUUUCGCGUGACAGUGGCCCUUCAUUAGUCCGGCUAUCUUGUUCUGAGUAUUAGUAUAGGUAAUAGCAUGAUUUGUAGUGAUAUUUGGCAUAAAUACCACGAGUGAUAUUUCGAAAUUGUUAUACGUAAUUUCACGAGCCGUUAGGCGAGUGAAAUUUGAGACAAUUUUGAAAUAUCACAAGUGGUAUUUAUGCCAAAUAUCACGUACAAAUCGUGUUAUUAUUUGUUUAUACUACUACUCUCAAAAGGUUGGUAAUUUUCACGAGUAGGUAUUUCAAAUUAAGCUGAAAUACCACUGCUCUAAGCCAAUCAAAUUGCAGAAAUUUCUCAUGUAGUAGUAUAAGCUUUAUAAUAAAAACCAUGUAAUUUGACUAAUUUCUCUCGUCAAUUUAUUAUCAGAGAUCAUCAUGACCGCACUCCACUUCACAUGGCUGCAGUCAAUGGCUCCGAGCGCUGUGUGGAGUACAUACUGCAGGCUCACCCUGAGAGUCUCAACGCUCUUGAUAAACAUCAGGUGCAGUGUAAUGAAACUGACUAUAGGUUCUAUUAAUUGGUUGCAUCCGAAAAGCGUAUUCCUAAUGGAGUCUCUCGCAGCGCUUCUCUCUGUUUUUGACGUUUUUGAGCUGCCCCCACUCCUCUCAGUUUUUUUUCCCAGGGGCUCUCUCUCCGACGGGAACUGGUAUCUAUUUUGAACUUCUCUAACUCAUGGUCAUGAUCGUGCAGUCAAAUCACUUCCCUACUCCCCCUGCCUGUCUGACGCACUUGCGGAUCAAUUAAGGUUUUCUGGGAAACUGCCCACUUACCCCUCCCCUAAGCCAUCAUUUUGCCCUAAGUGAGGAGUAAUUGUUAAUGUUAGCUUAGGGGUGGGGGAGGGGGGCAGUUUCUCAGAAAACUAAAUUUAUCCGCACUUGCUAUAGCCCACGCUCGAUAUUUUAAAAUUCUAACAUGACUCCGAGGCUUUAGGGUGACUAGAAAAGAGUUUUUUAAAAAACAAAAUCAUCUAGCUGAAGGCAUAUUGUCAGGAUGGCCGAGCGGUCUAAGGCGCUGCGUUCAGGUCGCAGUCUACUCUUGUAGGCGUGGGUUCGAAUCCCACUUCUGACACGUUCACAUUUUUGAAACUCUAUCUUUUUGUUUUUGUUUUUGAUGUUGUGAUGGUUGUUGUUGUUGUUGUUGUUUUAUUAAAAUCUGGUAAAAUCGUUCAAAGGUUAAAGGAAUCGAAAAAGACUUCUUUCGUCGUUACACAGGCAAAACGUUCAGCCGUUAAACUUUCGUUUCACGAGGACUUACGGUAUUCUGCUUAUCCUUGCCAUUCUAAAUAGAAUGUUUAUGCUGUCACUCUUGUGUCAGGAUGGCCGAGCGGUCUAAGGCGCUGCGUUCAGGUCGCAGUCUACUCUUGUAGGCGUGGGUUCGAAUCCCACCUCUGACAUUCUUUUAUAAAAAUGGUUGAAACUCUAUUGAUAUAUAUAUUUUUUUCUAUUCAGAACACGGCCCUGAACUUGGCUGCAACUACUGGCCAGGCAUCUCUCGUGUCAUAUCUGCUGUCCGUAAAAGAACAAGAAAUCCUGUUAAACAAGUAUAACCAGAAUGUGCUGGACCUUGCCAUAUCCAACGACAAAGAAGAGGUUGCGAUGGCCAUAAUUGAACAUAGCAGGUUGGUACUAAAUGAUUUCUCGAGGCGCGCAAGGAAGAGCUGUUUGUAAAGAUACAGCCUUUGGCGGAGACAACCUCGAAGUCACGACACGCGAGGUAGACACGCGUGAAUCCUUCGUGCGGCUUGAAUUUGAAAUGCGCUUACUAUGCAGGCUAUUAUUCGAAGUGCUUUUGCUAGUCAUGUCUGCAAAUGGGACUAAUAAAUAACGUGGUUACCAAGCUGCAUACCAUAAUUUUUUACAGCGGAGCACCAUGGAAGAAACUUUGGUUAUCAUUGUAUCCAAGAAAUUUUGAUUUGGACAAAAUUGUCCGUACUUACUUCCGCCCCUUCAUGUUAGAGGAUGUGUUAUGUCUUACUUACUAGAUUUAAAGUCUAAGGUAUAUACAUACUGUGUUUAACUUACUAUUAAAUGGACAUGCAUGUUAUGAUCGUUGACAGCUGUCAUAAUAGGGUAUCCGCUGACCAAUAUCACAUGACUGUACGGCGAGCUCAUUGAGGUGACGUAUUUUUGAGUUAUCCGCUUAUUACUUUUCAAUUGAACUAGGCAGAAGUCCAUUUUUAAAGGAGGGUUUCAGUUGGCUUCUUGCUUACGGCAAAAGUUGAAUUACUUAAGAAAUAAGUUUCUUAACAAAUCCGUCGAGAGCUUCGCUUUUGGUCUUAGCUGGAUAUCUGGUUACUGUGAAUAACUAAGUAUUCUAUCUGUCCUAAAUUAUAGGUGGAAAGAGGUGAUUGACACCACUGAAGGUGGAGGUGUAUCUCAGAUUCAGACACUUGUGGCAAAAAUGCCUGACGUAGCAGAGGUAUGUACACUUCAUUCUCAAACUCACCAAUAAUUCAUGAAACGAAAUUAAGAAACUGUCACCACGUGAGUCCCGAGGGAACUCCCAUAUCAAAGAUACCGGGAUGCUCGUCGGAGAGUUAGCCGGCUCCAUUAAAUCCCAUACCAACUGUAGAACAUUUUAUUUAAUAUGUAACAAUUAGCAAUUAUUGGACGAGGUUGAGCAAAAUAUCGUGAUCAGCAGAUCAGUUAUUCGGCUUCGGCAAGUAAUUGCGAUAACCGAGUUCAAUAAUUGUUUUACCAUUCGAUCACCGAGUUUGUUUCUUUGAUGAAUAUCCUCGGGAAGCGAAGCGAUCUGCCAUUUUCACGCCAGAGAGAUCGCAAGAAGGAGAAAAGCACGGUUUCCUUAACGCAUGUGCAGAAUAUUAUUUGCAGCCAAACACAGUUGGACGGCAUUGCGCAUGAGCACACCAUUAUUUGUAAGCAGUUAUUUGAAGAAACAGUUGCAUCGAAUGAUAAUACAUUUUGCUGCCUACUUUUACGCGGUGAGCGUCGCGUUUGGGACACAAUGUGCAUUGCCGUAUCUUAUAAUCCUUCUUUUAACUGUCUUCAUUGCUUUCUUUUGAAAUUACUCACUGGCUGACUUUUUUUCUCCAGCGCGUUUUAGACAAUUGCGUUGAACAAGAUGGAGAUCCAAGUAGUAAAGAUUUCAAGGCAAGAUACUGAAACAGUGCUCUUUUACUUUAGUCGUUUUACAUUAUUCAUAAGUGUUUUAUUACCCUCACCUCCACAAAAAUUCUCCUUUCUCCCGUUUAGUCCACCACACUAUUUGAUGUACAUGUACAAAAUGAUAGCAAUGAUAGCAAUGAUGAGAAGCUUAAUGUAUCGAGCUUUCCUUGUUUCCAAUUCGAAUAAUGGAUUGACGGCUCUUUAUUUGUUAGGUAACAUACGAUUUAAGGCUAAUACAAGGGAAGCAGAGCACGACAAGUUCAUUGGAACACUCUCUUGACGCGCUUAAGGUAUGAAAUUCCAAGUUCUUGCUUGAAAUCUGUAUGAUUGCGUUAAAAAGUAAUUUUCAGCUAAUUCGUCAGGAUGGCCGAGCGGUCUAAGGCGCUGCGUUCAGGUCGCAGUCUACUCUUGUAGGCGUGGGUUCGAAUCCCACUUCUGACAUUAUUUUAUAUCAUAAUAUUACUUUUUUAUAUUAUUAUUUUUUCAUUCUCCUGCAAGUGUUCUACAUUUUUUCUGGUUUUGUGUUCAUUCUUAUGUUUUUCCGCAAUAGCCCACGUUCGAUAAAUUAAAAUUCUAACAUGACUCCGAGGCUUUAGAGUCAAAAUUGCAAAUUUUUCACGACUCCAUUGUCUCGCAAUUCCCAAAAGAGAAUUAUAAGCACAAAGAAACCCAAACCAAACAUAGAGAAAUGACCAGAAGCCUCGGAGUCUUGAUAGAAUUUUAAUAUAUCGAACGUGGGCUAUUCGUGAUCACUGUCCGUAAGUAUUGUGGUGGUGACAUGUGCUAUUUUUGGAGACGCAGUUGACUAGAAAAGAGUUUUUUAAAGAACAAAAUCAAUAAGAUGAAAGCAUGUUGUCAGGAUGGCCGAGCGGUCUAAGGCGCUGCGUUCAGGUCGCAGUCUACUCUUGUAGGCGUGGGUUCGAAUCCCACUUCUGACAUUAUUUUAUGCCUUGCAAGUGUUCUAUAUUUUUCUGGUUUUGUUGUCGUUCUUAUUUUUCCCUUUUUUUGAUUUGUUCCAUGUCUGUUCUUCUUCUUAAGACCAUGGCAGAACGACGGCGGGAAAAAUGUUUGACUCACCCUGUGUGCUACGUCCUCAUGAAUAUUAAAUGGUUAGUUUCUCUGUUCUUCCUGGGUUUUAUAUGUUAUCCAUUUUCUGUCAGCGUGCUCCGGGUUUGUUUUCUCGUUUUGAUUGGCCAAAAAAAAUUCGCGCCACCUUCUUAGCCAAUCAUAGAUAACUUAACAAGCAAUCCUGAGGUGGGCGCUCAUGUUUUCCCGCGCUGAAAGAGGCAGCUCAGAUAAGUUGAUUGUGAUUGGCUAAGAAACUGCUCAAGAUAUAAUUUGGGCACUGGACUGGAACGAGAUAGGAUGAGGGAUUUGUAUCUUCAGAUUGAAAGAAAAAUAAUAGAAUAUCUGUUUAUUUUUUUCUGUUGUAGGAAAAAAUUUGGAUGGAUAACCUUUAUCGUCAACUUGUUGCUUUAUUUGGCGUUUCUUCUUCCUUUUACUGCGCUGGCUGUUAACCUCAAGAUCAACAUUUGUGUCCUGUGCAAUUAUAGCUUCUGUAACAAGACACCUGCAAUUCCCAAUGGCCAGUUAGUAAGUCAAAGUGCCAAAUACAAACAACAAAAAUGAACUUUGAAAAACUGUUCGGCUAACAGACCUAACAAGUUUUCAAAAACCACAAUUGCAGUCCGUUUCAAUCUUCUUCAUGUUUGUCCAUACGUUCAUGGCUUUUUAUUUGCCAUGUCAUCUAUACCUUUGUUUCGUGUUUUGAGCAGUGAUUUUUCUGUUUCACUCAGGGGUUUCGGGGCAGAUCCCGUUGUUUGAAUUUUGAUAAAUUUCAUGAUACGGCCUGCUUCUUUAAAAAGAUCUGCUUCGGCUCCAAAGGGCCAAAUUAGCCUUGUAGGCACAAUUGAGUCCAAUGUGAAUCACAACUGCCUUACAAUUAUGUAUUCCAGCCCAUAAUGUUACACCCCAAAAUAUUACACUCCAAAAAACUACUCCCAUUUUGGUUGCCAAAACAGGUUUUUUAAUUUACUUUUUACAUGGCUCGUCGUUUCGUUUACUAGAUUUGCGCCCGAUGACUUAUGGGGUUUUUUCUGGUUCGUGAUAUCUCAUUUCAGGCAACCCCGUGGUUUUGUUGUAGAGUAGAACAAUAAGGGAAAUUAAGUUUGUCCUUGUCACCUUAAAGAAUAUAAAAAAAAAACUGGAAAGAAAGGGGAUUUGCGGAGAGCGACAUCACUCUCCAGGCGUUUACUUUUUAAAUUCAGUGAAAGGUUUGAGCCUAGGAGUCACUUCAUAUUAAAGCAGGUUGAGUAUGAUCGUCCGGGUGAACGUAGUGCUGAAUAGGACUGUUGUUGUUGACAGUGACGGACGUUUCGACAACCUUUGCGGAAGUCAUUUUCAGAGUCAAAGUCAAAAGUUACCGGCACCGUAAAAACGACGGAAUCAAGCGAAACGAACUACGAGAGAACAACCGGACAACUGACAAUUUGGCUAACAAUAAAUGGCUGUUUAACUGUGACAAUAGACGGAUCGAAACGCACCAAUGACAUUAAGAGUCUUCAUAGCCAAUAACGUCACGGCUUAACUGACAGGCGACCAAUAACAUCGCGACUUAAUUGACCAAUCAGGUCAACAACCAGAGUUUAAUACCAUCAACUGACGUGAUACAAAUCACUUUGACUCUGAAGAUGACUUCCGCGCAGGUUGUCGAAACGUCAGUCACUGUCAACAACAACAGUCCUAUUCAGGACAACGUUCACCCAGACGAUCAUACUCAACCUACUUUUUAAAUUCCCUUGCUCAGUCUCCUUGUGUUUCACAAACUUUUGCGAUGCCAUAAAUUGUGCCUCUGUGGAGAAAAGAGUUUUUCCGUAUUUAAUUGAUUCUCUAUUUAACACAACAACAUCACGUGUUACGGGAGUAGUUAUAUAUCUCCUUAUGCCUUUACACUGUUCUUUUUAGGAGUGGCAUGAUGAAAUUGACACCUGCAACACAUCUGACAAGGUGACGCAACACUCUUGUAUUUUCUCUUUCUUUUUUUUUCCCAUUUUUUUUCUUUGGUCCGGUUUCACUCUGCCAGCAGAACCUUUCUUUCGUUUGCUUGAUUUUGGCGUACCCUUAAAAGCCUCUACAUGAAUCGAUUAAGAUCUUUGUUGCGCAUGCGCUGCAUUUUGCUAGGAUACCGUUUCGAACCUAUGCCUAAUAGUUCCACCCUUGGUUCAGCGGGCUCAGUUAUGACCAUCUGUUUAUCGAUAAACGGAUGUUCGCACUCGAAAAAAACAGUUUGACGAGAGAAUACGAGAUUAACUAGUCCAGGGGCUUGGCUGCGGUGACUCCAAAUGCAUGACGC